AAAGCCGACAAUGGUGAACCGCGGUUGAAGUCUCCGAUGCGUAAACCGCCACCAUUAAUGAUGAAUAGAUCCUGAAUACAGACGAGGCUUCGUCGCCACAACGUGAAAAACAGAGAAGCUGAGAAGCUAAUGCAUGUGAACGUAAUCUGGAUGACUGCCAAUCUUAAAGCUCUUUGCUCGGUGUAAACCGUUCGUGGUGUCCCGACUUGUUCCAACCAAAUCGUCCUGGUAGCGCCUCCAAAGCUCGACGAUCUACCGGAGAACUCCACCUGAAACCACAGAGUGCAGUCACAGUAUGUUCACCCUGACCGAGGUGGCCUCCCUGAACGACAUCCAGCCCACAUAUAAAAUCCUGAAGCCAUGGUGGGACGUGUUCAUGGACUACCUGGGCGUGGUCAUGCUAAUGCUGGCCAUCUUUGCGGGGACCAUGCAGCUGACCAAAGACCAGGUGGUCUGCCUGCCCAUCCUGGAGGAGGCGCCAGAGGCCCCCGGUGGCGGCGGACAUUAUGACGUCCACUCCGCCCCUCUGGACGCAGCCGCCGCGCUAUUGGCCGACGGCCGACCGGCGGACGUCUUCCGGAAGUACGUCUUCGGCGAGCCGGUGGAGGUGGGCUUCCCCGAGCCCACGGGCGUGCGGACGGCGCUGGACUUCCAGCAGUACGUCUUUGUGAACCAGAUGUGCUACCACGUGGCGCUGCCCUGGUACUCCAAGUACUUCCCCUACCUGGCGCUCAUCCACACCAUCGUGCUCAUGGUCAGCAGCAACUUCUGGUUCAAGUACCCCAAGACCAGCUCCAAGAUUGAGCACUUCGUCUCCAUCCUGGGCAAGUGCUUCGAGUCGCCGUGGACGACCAAGGCGCUGUCGGAGACGGCGUGCGAGCACUCGGAGGAGAACAAACAGCGACUGGUCGGGCCCUCCUCGCUGCCCAAACACUUCUCCACCAGCAGCGAGGAGGGCAGCCCCAACCAGUCCGCCCCCGCCACGCUGGUCAAGUCUAGCGUCCAGUUCUCCGCCGAGAAGCUGGUGAUCGAGGUGCCCGCGAUGACCAUCCUGGACAAGAAGGACGGGGAGCAAGCCAAGGCGCUGUUCGAGAAGGUCAGGAAGUUCCGGGCUCACGUGGAGGACAGCGACCUGAUCUACAAGCUCUACGUCGCGCAGACGGUCAUCAAGACGGUCAAGUUCAUCCUCAUCCUAUGCUACACCAUGACCUUUGUCGCCGCCAUCAAUUUCGCCCACGUGUGCGAGCCGGGGAUUAAACACUUAACCGGCUACUCAAAGUUCCAGUGUACGCACAACAUGGCGUUCAUGUUGAAGAAGCUGCUGGUCAGCUACAUCGCCCUCAUCUGCGUGUACGGCAUGGUCUGCAUCUACACGCUGUUCUGGCUGUUCCGCCGGCCCCUGAAGGAGUACUCCUUCGAGAAGGUGCGGGAAGAGAGCAGCUUCAGCGACAUACCGGACGUCAAGAACGACUUUGCGUUCCUCCUGCACAUGGUGGACCAGUACGACCAGCUGUACUCGAAGCGCUUCGGCGUCUUCCUGUCCGAGGUCAGCGAGAACAAGCUCCGCGAGAUCAGCCUGAACCACGAGUGGACCUUCGAGAAGCUGCGGCAGCACGUCACGCGGAACGCCGCGGAGAAGCUGGAGCUGCACCUCUUCAUGCUGUCCGGGGUCCCGGACGCCGUGUUCGACCUCACCGACCUGGAGAUCCUCCGGCUGGAGCUCAUCCCCGAGGCCAGGAUCACGGCCAAGAUCUCGCAGAUGACCAACCUCCACGAGCUACACCUCUACCACUGCCCCGCCAAGGUGGAGCAGACCGCCUUCGUGUUCCUCCGAGACCACCUCCGCUGCCUCCACGUCAAGUUCACGGACGUGGCCGAGAUCCCCACCUGGGUGUACCUGUUGAAGAGUCUGAGGGAGAUGUAUCUGGUGGGCAACCUGAACUCGGAGAACAACAAGAUGAUCGGGCUGGAGUCCCUGCGAGACCUCCGCCACCUGAAGACCCUGCACCUCAAGAGCAACCUGACCAAGAUCCCCACCAACAUAACAGACCUGUCGCCCCACCUCGUCAAGCUGGUGGUGGACAACGACGGGACCAAGCUCCUGGUGCUCAACAGCCUCAAGAAGAUGAUGAACCUGGCCGAGCUGGAACUCCACAACUGCGAGCUGGAGCGGAUCCCUCACGCCAUCUUCAGUCUGACCAACCUGCAGGAGCUGCACCUCAAGUCCAACAACAUCCGGAGCAUCGAGGAGGUCAUCAGCUUCCAGCACCUCAAGAGGCUCACCUGCCUCAAGCUCUCCCACAACAAGAUCAUCAGCAUCCCGCUGUCCAUCAGCCACGUGAAGAACCUGGAGUCGCUCUACCUCUCACAUAACAAGCUGGAGUCCCUGCCCUCGUCGCUCUUCAACCUGCCCAAGCUGCGCUAUCUGGACGUGGGCCACAACUCCAUCGUGGUCAUCCCGCUGGAGGUGGGCUUCCUGCAGAGCCUCCAGUACUUCGCCAUCUCCGGCAACAAGGUUGAGGUGGUGCCCAAGCAGCUCUUCAAGUGCACCAAACUGAGGACCCUGAACCUCGGCCACAACUGCAUCUCCACCGUCCCCGAGAAGAUCGGCCAGCUGGCGCAGCUGACGCAGCUGGAGCUGAAGGGGAACUGCCUGGACCGCCUGCCCCUCCAGCUGGGGCAGUGUGCGCUGCUCCGCCGGGGCGGCCUGGUGGUGGAGGACCACCUCUUCGACUCGCUGCCCCUGGAGGUCAAGGAGAGCAUCAACCAGGAGUCCGGCGUCCCGUUUGCCAACGGGGUUUGAGGAGCGACCAAGCAGCUUCUGAGCUUAGGAUUUUUGGGGGGAACGAACUACGAAGAGUGUUAUUGAAGAGUAAGCAAACAAAUUAUACCGAACUUUAGAUACAGCCCCGCUGAUUGGCUCACAAGAGUUCAGAGGAAUGAGUUCCCUGUGAGAUAUGGCUUGGCUCAGGUUGGAUAAGGGUGGCCAUCACUGUAUUCAGUGGACCACUGUACUCAUAUGCCCUGUCUAUACCUGUUCCUGCUUCUGUUGUUUCGACAGUUUAUGGUUUUUUUCUUGGGAUUUGUUCCCGACAAUUUCAGCGUUGUGUUUUGUCAGAUCACUUUGUUAAAGAUAUAUACUUGAAUUGUUUUUUUGUUUUUUUUACCACCUUUAUUUUAUGAUUUGUUUUUGAUACCAUUAGACACUGCAUAGCCCUACCGCCACAAUAUUAUUUGCUUCUUAUUUUAUUAAUGCUGUUUUGUCUUCUAGUGGUUUUCAUAGGCACUGUUUUUAGGGGUACGCCAGCUUGUCAAAGUGUAGGUGUGAGCUACAGUGAGCUACAGUCUGAGCUAGUUUGAGGUACAGUGUAACAAUUAGUUAGGUACAGUGUGAGCUACAGUGAUACAGUUCUGACCUACAGUUUGCUACAGCGAGGUACAGUGAGGAACAGUAAGAUACAGUGUGAGCUUCAUGUUGAGCUACAGUGAGGUACAGGUUGAGCUACAGUGAGGUACAGGUUGAGCUACAGUGUGAGUUUCAUGUUGAGCUACAGUGAGGUACAGGUUGAGCUACAGUGAGGUACAGGUUGAGCUACAGUGAGGUACAGGUUGAGCUACAGUGUGAGCUUCAUGUUGAGCUACAGUGAGGUACAGGCUGAGCUACAGGUUGAGCUACAGUGUGAGCUUCAUGUUGAGCUACAGUGAGGUACAGGCUGAGCUACAGGUUGAGCUGCAGGGAGGUACAGGUUGAGCUACAGUGAGUACUGGUUGAGCUACAGGGAGCUACAGUGAGGUACAGGCUGAGCUACAGGUUGAGCUACAGGGAGGUACAGGUUGAGCUACAGGGAGGUACAGGUUGAGCUACAGUGAGUACCGGUUGAGCUACAGGGAGGUACAGGUUGAGCUACAGGGAGCUACAGUGAGGUACAGGCUGAGCUACAGGUUGAGCUACAGGGAGGUACAGGUUGAGCUACAGUGAGGUACAGGUUGAGCUACAGUGAGGUACAGGUUGAGCUACAGUGAGUACCGGUUGAGCUACAGGUUGAGCUACAGGGAGGUUCAGGUUGAGCUACAGGGAGGUACAGGUUGAGCUACAGGGAGGUACAGGUUGAGAUGCAGGGAGGUACAGGUUGAGAUGCAGGGAGGUACAGGUUGAGCUACAGUGAGUACCGGUUGAGCUACAGGGAGGUACAGGUUGAGCUACAGUGAGGUACAGGUUGAGAUGCAGUGUGAGAUAGCGUGCGAGUGACUGCCCCAGCCGACCUCCGGGGACCGGUCAGACCGCACCCCCCAGCUCCAGCGCUCGGCUCCACUACCUCAGCUCAACGCCUGGUACCGCCAAACGUAAGAAUCGAGCAAGGGUUGCACGACAAAGUCAAACCUCUUCUCUUUUAGCGAGCUCCCUGCCGACGUCAGGACCGCAGAGUCGCUGAGCAGCUCCCACAAGAGACUGAAGACUCGCGUGUUCAGAGCUCACCUGGACGCUGCAUUCCUUCCCACCUCACCCACCCAUUGCCCUGUCGGCUCACUGACUCCCCGAAAUACACCUCUUUUACACACCUAUGGUAUGUUUGUAUGUCCUGGCACUUUAUGUACGCACUUAUUGUAUGUUAAACAUCCUGGCACUUAAAAAUAGAACUUAGCAUUGUGUAGCAUCUAAUCCUACCUAUCUUUGUUGAAUACGGGGAAUGGAUUAAUUUAGCAAUUUUAAGUCCUUGGCACUUGUUCUAUGAACAUCCUUAUUGUACCGACAGCGAUAUAUAUGGUUGUUUCCCUUUCUUCAGACAAAUGUACUCAUUGUAAGUGGCUUUGGAUAAAAGCGUCUGCUAUAUGCCCUUUAUGUCAAUGUAAAUGUAUUUAGUCCUCACCUCUUUAAAUCUAGAAAUCCAAGAGAAAACUUGUUGAGACUUUUUGUUGAAAUCAUAUUUUUUGCACAAACACCAUUUUGAACGAUUAUAAACAUUUGCAGCAAAACCAACAAUACGUCUGUGAUUCUUUUC